AUGGCUGCGGGGUUCAGAUUCUAUCCCACCGAUGAGGAGCUCAUCGCCGAUUACUUAAGGCCCAAGAUUCUCGGAACACAUCCCGAGGUCGAAGACGUCAUCGCCGAGGUCGAUUUCUACAAAUUCGAGCCAUGGGAUUUACCUCGCUUUUGUUCUCUCUUUUCUUUCAUUGAGCGUCAUUCGAAAUCGAGGAUAAAGUCGAAAGAUCGGACGUGGUUGUUCUUCUGUAAACGGGAUUGCAAGAAACCAAGAAGUAAACGGUUGAAAAGGUCGACCAAAACUGGGUUCUGGAAGAUAACAGGGAAGGAAAUGGUGAUAAAAGAUCAAGAAACCAAGAAAUGCAUUGGAAAGAGGAAGACUUUGAGGCCGUCCUAUGUUCUUUGCCGCUUGAAGGAAAAGGCGAAGGACAAGGCUAACACUCCAUACUGUGGAGAAGGCAAAUCAAUCGGCGAUAUCAUGUCUGAAAUUGAAAAUCCUGUAACACCUGCUGCAAUUCCAUGGGCACAUGGCCGUCAAGAAGAGAAUCAGAAAUGA